AGGGGUUUUCAAACUGUAGUCGUCCUAAUACUCGUACCAUCGGUCAGCCCUAUCGUAUCCGCUAUCAAAUGUCCGCUGUGCAGAAUACGGUAUCCCUCCACAGAUCAGCUCGUCUUGACCUUCUCAUAAGUCAUUGAAUUCCAGCUCAUAUAAUAGCACCUGUUUUCCAUGCGCAAGAGAGGCUAUGCCAAUAUAGUUGUCGCUUCGAGUAUACUACUCUUCCAAGCACAUCAGAUAGUACGAAUCCAGCGAAAUUCUCCGGCAUGUUUCCUACAAUUGACUUCGUGUACCUUCAGCUUAAUGACUGUCGUGGCUGUUGAGAACGUCACGUGCCGUAGCUCAAGCUCCGACGAUCGACGAUUUGAAUUCCCCGACACUCGAGGUCCCCUAUUCAACACUACAUCCUUCCUUGUACUUCAUGUCCACACCACUUCCGCGGUGAUGAACGCACCUUUGUUUCAGUGUCAUCUCUAGUUAUCACUCGGAACCCAAGUCCUAGGUUUUGUUUGCACGACCCUCAAUUGCGUUGAAUUGAACUGUGAGGUGACGUCUGGAUGUUGGGACACUGUGAGCAGCUCCGAACCGA